AUGGAUCUGACAAAGAUGGGCAUGAUCCAGCUACAGAACCCCAGCCACCCCACGGGGCUCCUGUGCAAGGCCAACCAGAUGCGGCUGGCCGGGACGCUGUGCGAUGUGGUCAUCAUGGUGGACAGCCAGGAGUUCCAUGCCCACCGGACUGUGCUGGCCUGCACCAGCAAGAUGUUUGAGAUCCUCUUCCACCGCAACAGCCAGCACUAUACUCUGGACUUCCUGUCUCCCAAGACCUUCCAGCAGAUUCUGGAGUAUGCAUACACGGCCACGCUGCAGGCCAAGGCGGAGGACUUGGAUGACCUGCUGUAUGCCGCCGAGAUCCUGGAGAUCGAGUACCUGGAGGAGCAGUGCCUGAAGAUCCUGGAGACCAUCCAGGCCUCAGAUGAGAAUGACACGGAGGCCACCAUGGCAGAGGGCGGGGCCGAGGAGGAAGAGGACCGCAGGGCGCGCUACCUGAAGAACAUCUUCAUCUCGAAGCAUUCCAGCGAGGAGAGUGGCUGUGCCAGUGUGGCGGCCCAGAGCCUCCCUGGGCCCAUGGUGGACCAGAGCCCUUCCGUCUCCACCUCAUUUGGCCUUUCAGCCAUGAGCCCCACCAAGGCAGCGGUGGACAGUCUGAUGACCAUAGGACAGUCUCUCCUGCAGGGGACUCUUCAGCCGCCUGCUGGGCCUGAGGAGCCGACCCUGGCUGGGGGUGGGCGGCACCCUGCAGUGGCCGAGGUGAAGCCGGAGAUGAUGCAGGUGGAUGAGGUGCCCGGCCAGGAAAGCCCUGGGGCCGCGGAGUCUAGCAUCUCAGCUGGGAUGGGGGACAAGUUGGAGGAAAGGGGCAAGGAGGGGCCCGGGACCCCUACUCGGAGCAGUGUCAUCACCAGCGCCCGGGAGCUGCACUACGGGCGUGAGGAGAGUGCUGAGCAGCUGCCGCCUCCGGUCGAGGCCGGCCAGGGGCCCCCCGGCCGACUGGAGCCCCCUGCGCCCCUGGCUGAGAAGCACCUGGGCCUCUACCCCGUGUUGCCCAACCACAAGGCCGAUGCUGUGCUGAGCAUGCCGUCCUCGGUGACCUCCGGCCUCCACGUGCAGCCCGCCCUGGCUGUCUCCAUGGACUUCAGCACCUACGGGGGUCUGCUGCCCCAGGGCUUCAUCCAGCGGGAGCUCUUCAGCAAGCUGGGGGAGCUGGCUGUGGGCAUGAAGGCCGAGAGCCGCACUGUUGGGGAGCAGUGCAGUGUGUGCGGCGUGGAGCUUCCUGACAACGAGGCCGUGGAGCAGCACAGGAAACUGCACAGCGGGAUGAAGACGUACGGGUGUGAGCUCUGCGGAAAGCGGUUCCUGGACAGUCUGCGACUGAGAAUGCACUUACUGGCUCAUUCAGCGGGUGCCAAAGCCUUUGUCUGCGAUCAGUGUGGAGCCCAGUUCUCGAAGGAGGAAGCCCUGGAGACACACAGGCAGACCCAUACUGGCACGGACAUGGCUGUCUUCUGUCUGCUGUGCGGGAAGCGUUUCCAGGCACAGAGCGCGCUCCAGCAGCACAUGGAGGUCCACGCAGGCGUGCGCAGCUACAUCUGCAGCGAAUGCAACCGCACCUUCCCCAGCCACACCGCCCUGAAACGCCACCUGCGCUCACACACAGGCGACCACCCAUACGAGUGUGAGUUCUGCGGCAGCUGCUUCCGGGAUGAGAGCACACUCAAGAGCCACAAGCGUAUCCACACGGGCGAGAAACCCUACGAGUGCAAUGGCUGCGGGAAGAAGUUCAGCCUCAAGCACCAGCUGGAGACGCACUAUCGAGUGCACACAGGUGAGAAACCCUUCGAGUGCAAGCUGUGUCACCAGCGCUCCCGGGACUACUCGGCCAUGAUCAAGCACCUGCGAACGCAUAACGGCGCGUCGCCCUACCAGUGCACCAUCUGCACAGAGUACUGCCCCAGCCUGUCCUCCAUGCAGAAGCACAUGAAGGGCCACAAGCCCGAGGAGAUCCCGCCCGACUGGAGGAUAGAGAAGACUUACCUCUACCUGUGCUACGUGUGA